CGGAGGUUAUCAGUUUGAAUUUCUCUCGCGUGCCAGCUAGACGCGGAACGGAACUGGUUUCUGUUGAACGCACGUGAGUUCAGUAGAACUGUGACCGGCGAGCAGAACGGACGCGUGUGCGUGUUUCGAAUUUUGAGUGACGCGAUUGUUUGAAAUUUACGCGCGCGCGUGAUUAAACCCGCGUUUAAUCGCGAUUUAAUAUCUAGAAGGGUGUGUGAGUGUUUGUGAUAAGUGAGUUGAAAGGUGGUAGCUGCACCUGAGGUGAAGCAAAAUUCCGUCAAGGUGGGAAAAGUGGUCCAGUUCGUAGCAGCUUCCGUCGAGGCUGGUCUGGUCGAGAAGUGUGUAAUUGAUUUGUGAAUAAAUAAUAGUUGAUUGGCAGGUUACCAGCGCUACCUUCUCGGUCGUUGUUUAGUUGGUGAUAAAGUUUGUGUGUGUCGGUGCUCUCUCGAGUCAAGUGAGAAAAUUGAAUCUCCACGCUGUCCAAGUUUGUAGAGUGCUUUAUAAUACAUUCUAAUUCUAGAAAUUUUGGGAAAUUUGCCCCGCUGGCGAGUGUGCAGAUUAAAUCGUAAAGAAAAAGUAUUUCAUUCCUGAAAGUGAAUAAAAGUUUGUUAAAUAUUCAAGCGGAAAAGAGCUCGUCCUUGAAGUCUCUUCAAGUGCUUUACCUUCCAUCAGAGCAGGGGCCAGCAAAUCGAGUGUUUUCCCAAGUACAAAUUGAAUAAUAACAGUUUCGCCGGAAGAGCAACUCUCAUCCCAAAGAGGAAGAGGCACUCUUUGAAGUGGUGUUUGCUUGCUUGCUCGAUUUGACGAAGGAUUACCCCGGUGCGUCCUCGCACUGGUCCUGCCACAGGGUUUGACAAAUCUCCAAACUUCCGCACCGUGCGCUCGUCAAAUUGUUCCGGCCUGAUGUUGCUGCUUGGUAACGGGAUGGAUCGGCGAUACAGUCUGCAGCUUCUGGCAAUCUUGCUUGGAAUACAUGGAAAAACGUCAAUCGAGGAAUCCACGCAAUUGGACGGAGUUAUUCAAUGAGCAGCAGGGUGAUGGAUCGACUACGAGGCGUUGCAGCAUUGAAGUACAGGCAGCAAAAAUGGAUUUUAUCAGCCCUCUGGCAGGUUCCCCUAGUGGUCGCCCGAAGAUGCUACAUCUGUGGGGAAGGUGCCGAGGCCCCGUUCCGGACGACAAUGAUGGCGACGACGGGGACGGCCGCGGCGGUGCCCCGGAUUGCACCAACCUGCGAGGACUUUGAGCGCGACCGGGACGAGAUGGAGCAGUACGAGCACGAGUGUCCACCGUCGUACACCAGCUGUCUGACCCAGGUCGAUGGCGACAUGGAGCUGCGCACGUGCGGCGAGAGUCUCUCGAUCAACGACUGCAAGAGUGCCAACAAGAUCGACUACUGCUACUGCAACGAUGACCUGUGCAACAGGCUCACGCGGACCCAGAUCCGGCGGGAGAUCGAAGAAGCGCAACGAGUUGGCCACUCGCUGCACCUGAAGCAGCAGCAGCACGAGCCCAACAACAGCGACGACGAAGAUCUGUCCGAGUCGUCCGGCCAGGAUCCGGAAUCGCACGAGAAGCACCAGCACCACGCCCGCGGACAGAUUCCGGUGGGUUCGGGUCACUUGGGUGGUGCGACGACCCAGAUCAUGGUGACGCUGAAGCCGAUUCCGACCACCGAGCGGAGGAACGACUCUCGGGCGGGCGAGAAUGAGACGUUCAGCAGUGGGGGGCGGAGUUGGUGGCCGGUGGAAUCGGUUAGUUUGGUGGUGCUGUUGGUGGGUGCGUCACUGCGGCGAUUACAGGGGUUGGUGGUUGUUUAAAAACAUUGGGAGAGAGAUAGGUUUUUGUUUUGGUAGAAUGAUUCGAGAAAAAAGUUUCCAAGGUGAGAAAUACUUUUAGUGAAAUUGGUUGGAUAUUUUUUUUAAUUAUUUCUUUAGAAAUGACAAUAACACGUCGAAUUUGGGAGGCAGGAAAUCUUAGUCGCUUUUAAUUUUUGCAAUUGAAAUUUAAUGAAUCCAAUGAUAUUGGAAAACAAGCUCCUUGAAUAUCCAAAUGACCUCACUGGAAACAUUUUUAACAAACAUUAAUCGAUGCAAUAGGUUGUUUCAUCACAGAACACAGCAAAAUAUCUUCAUGCAAAAGUUAGCAACUUUUUUUUCGAGAAAUCUUUUGUGAUAGUUUGAACAUCGUUUCAUUCUUUCAAACUUUAGCAGUUAUUUAACAUUGGGACGUCCAACGCACGUUAAACAUACACGAACGCCCAAGCCUCUGAAAAAGUUGGAACGGUAAAUUCAACUCGCUGGUUUACGGAAAUCAGUCAACCAAUCGGGUCGAUUCUUUAUUCCAGCGUUAUUCGCUGUCUAGAUGAUCUUAAAAAUUUGCAGAAUUCGAUUUGAUCAAAUCUGUAAUUUUUGCUAGAGACCAUCCAUAAGCCACGUGGAUAGUUUUUCAAAAAUAUCAUAUCUUCAAGCUUUUGGACGCGUUGGAAAACUCUUUUCAUAACUCAUUCAACGAUAAAUAACACUUAAUUGCUUACAACUUUUGAUUGUGUUGAUCUUCAAUGUUUCCAUUGUUCCAUUCCAUUGUUAGAAAAGUUUUUGUUGCAGUGUGUGGCCGAAUGGUUACGCUGUCCGCUUUGUAAGCGGAUGAUUCUGGGUUCGAUUCCCAUCUGCUGCAACCUUCCAUCGGAUGAGGAAGUAAAAUGUCGGUCCCGGCCUUGGUUGUUAGGCCUUUAA